CACAAAAUGCGCGCUUUUCUUAUGAUUUGCUUGCUUGCCGUUGCCCGUGGACAGUAUGAUUAUACGCCCCAAACUAGCGGUGGUAUUGACGAAACCGAGCAGAGUGGCUCUGCUCAGUUGUCGGAGCCCAUAGUCGCUCCCAACGAGUUCAACAAAGAAUUCUACUCGUACAGCGCCCCGGAGCAGGAGUUCAACAAUGGCCCGAUCAACGAUCAGCUCUCGAAUAGCUUGAGAAAAAAUUUGCGUGUGCUGUUCAUCAAGGGUCCGGAGAACACCGGUCUGGAGCAGGCCGCUCUACAGUUGGCCUCAUCUGCCUCCGACGAUCGCACAGCCAUCUAUGUGCUCAACAAACAGGCGGAUGUGAGUGACUUGGCCAACAAAUUGAACCAAAUGAAGCUGCAGGCCAACAACAAGCCUGAGGUGCACUUCGUCAAAUAUCGCACUCCCAGUGAUGCGGAGAAUGCACAGCGUGUCAUCCAAGCUCAAUACGAUUCACUGCCCGGUCGCUCCACCAACCACAAUGCCGGCUCCUCGGCUCCAGUUUUGGACUUUGCCUCAAAAAGCGGAGGAUCUGCCACAAGCGAGUUAUCACCGACUAGCGCGUACUUGCCACCCAACCGAAGGUUUUAG